AUGCGUUUCAAAAAACUCUUCUCCAAAAUCAGCAAAGCCGUCGAUUGCGCGCGUUCUGCCGUGCUUCAAAAAAGCUCUGGUCUAGAAAGGGUAUAUUCGAAUGAGUCGGCUACGCUCUCGAAGUACAAGAAGCGCAGAGCGGACAAGAAGGAAAAGAAGCAGAUGAAGGCGGACAAGAAUGAGCAAAAGAAAGAGCAAAAGAAGGAGCAAAAGAAAAAGCAAAGGAAAAGGAGAUGUUUGAUACAGUACCAGGUUCAACGUAUAUAUAUCUGGGCUCGCGGGGAUUACCAGGACCGCCGUUGA